UCCUCUCAUUUUUAUCUUUCUUCUACAGCUCAACACGAAAACACUCAGAUUUUGCUUAGUUGAUGCGUGCUCCCUCCAAUCGCAAAAGCCAUGCACAAAGAUCAACAACUCCUCCUCCUCCUCCUCCUCCUCCUCCUCCUACCUCAGUCUUUUAGUAUCCCUAUUGAAAAUAAUCGAUGCACCACCUCUUGUGGCGAGAUCGCCAACAUAAGCUACCCGUUUCGGUUGAAGGACGACCCGGAGGUCUGUGGCGACCGUAAUUAUGAACUAGCCUGCGUAAAUAACCGCACUCUUCUUGAUUUGUACUCGAGCCAGUACCAUGUAAAUUCCAUUGACUAUACCAACUGCACAAUUAGGGUUGUUGAUGUUGAGCUGCAAAAGGGCAAUUGCUCGUCUCUUCCUCUCCACUCUUUGUCAUGCAGCAGCUUCUUGAACGACAAAUCAAAUCGGUAUAAAUGCGGGGGAUACACGUACAAUGAUGGAGACUUAUCCAAGACAGUUUCAAUUGUGAACUGCACGAAGGCCGUUGCUUCUCGAUUAUACAUUGAUGCUUCCUCAUGCCUUGAUGGGGUCGAAUUUUCAAAAUUUUCCAGUACAAGAAGGCGAUUAUAUGCCAUGAUCGAUGCUAAUGUCUCGAAUAUGGAAAGUGCGUGCACUAUAGAGCAUAUGGCAAUGAUACCAGGGUGGGCUGAUGGAGACAAUCUUCGUUCCUAUUCGCAAAUUCAUGAUCUAAUGGUUUAUGGGUUUGAGCUUUCAUGGCAUCCAAUUGCCUGUAAGAAGUAUUGCAAAGAUUAUUUCUGGUGUGACAUCAAUGACAAGCACCAAAUUCAGUGCAUAGGCAAGAAAGAUAUCGCAACACAUUCUAUCUCUUUUGCAGAUAUCGCCUUUUACCUUGGCAUUGCCGAUGUCAUUGAAGAUUUAUUUUAUAUACGGAUCGACCCUUACUUUCAUCCGAUGCUCUCGCUCUUCGGCAUUGUGUUUCAAUGCAUGGUUGUGAAAUUCAUCUUGGGGGCCCCAUGUGUGAUGACGUUACUAAUACGCAAAUGGAGGAGAAGACACUUAGCAAUGGAUCAAAAUGUUGAAGAAUUUUUGCAAUCGAACAAUUUCUUGCCGAUAAGGUAUUCUUACUCGGACAUCAGGAAAAUCACGAGUGGCCUUAAGGAUAAACUAGGAGAGGGAGGGUAUGGGUCAGUGUUCAAAGGAAGACUCCGGAGCGGCCGUGAGGUGGCUGUCAAGAUUCUAAAGAAGGGAAAAACGAAUGGGCAGGACUUCAUCAGUGAAGUAGCUACCAUUGGCAGAAUUCAUCAUGUUAAUGUUGUUGGACUCAUUGGUUAUUGCUUUGAGGGCUCUAAACAAGCUCUUGUCUACGAUUUCAUGCACAAUGGAUCUUUGGAUAAGCACAUUUUCUCACGAGGACAAGGGAUUUCUCUUGAAUGCAAGGAAGUGUAUGAGAUUGCUCUCGGAGUGGCUAGAGGGAUUGAAUAUCUUCAUCGAGGAUGCGAUAUCCAAAUUUUACACUUUGAUAUUAAGCCUCAUAACAUUCUUCUAGACAAGGAUUUCACCCCAAAAGUUUCUGACUUUGGGCUCGCAAGAUUGUAUCCCACAAAUUACAACACCGUGUCUCUAAGUACCGCAAUAGGAACCUUAGGGUACAUGGCUCCGGAGCUUGUCUUCAAGAACCUUGGAGGCAUCUCUUACAAAGCCGAUGUCUAUAGUUUCGGAAAAUUGUUGAUGGAAAUGGCCACUAGAAGGAAGAAUGAGGACAAGGUUACAGGGUGUUCGAGUCACACUUACUUUCCUUUAUGGGUUUAUGAUCAACUUAGCAAAGAAUUGGAAAUUCCAGUAGAAGUCAAUGAGGACGAGAGGAAAAUAACAAAGAAGAUGAUAAUAGUUGCUCUUUGGUGCAUACAAUGGAAUCCUAACGAUCGCCCUUCGAUGCAGAAAGUCUUGGAAAUGCUCAAAAGAGAAGUAGAUGAUCUACAAAUAUCUCCCAAGCCACUCUUUUAUGCAAUAGAAAUGUCAAGAAAGGAUGAUGGAACUUGGACCGACGAAGGCAAUAAUAUCAUAUCCCCUACAUCAACUAGUGCAAUAACUUACAAAGAUUCUCGUCUUGAGUGUACUAGUAUUAGUAUUACACAAGCAUAGACACAUAUCAAAAUCAUUUGAUCCAGUCACUAUGUGGUGAAUUGAAACGGGGUAUUGAUGAUGUUUCAUGUGUAGCUCCCCUUUCUGGGCCAUCAUUAUAUCAUAGAUGUUUAUGACUA